UCUGCGGGGGAAGUUGCGCAAAAGAAAAAAAAAAAAAAAACGAGGAAGGAAUUUAACUCUUGUUUUUUUGCUUCUCGGUUUUCUCUUUAACUUGAUCGUGAAGCGCGACUGAAACACGCUUCUGCUCCUUUUUUGUUAAUUCGGAAAGCAGGUACUUCAUGCGAGUUACACAGAUCCAACUCAAGUCCAUAACAGGUGACUGGUGACUGGGUCAUGGCAGGAAGAGGCGGUGCUACAAGACCUAACGGGCCGAACGCAGCCAGCAACAAAAUCUGUCAGUUCAAACUGGUGCUUUUGGGCGAGUCUGCAGUCGGCAAGUCCAGCCUGGUGCUGCGCUUCGUCAAAGGCCAGUUCCAUGAGUUUCAGGAGAGCACGAUAGGAGCGGCCUUCCUGACUCAGACGGUAUGUUUGGAUGACACGACAGUGAAGUUUGAGAUCUGGGACACAGCCGGUCAAGAGCGCUACCACAGUUUGGCUCCGAUGUAUUACAGAGGAGCGCAGGCAGCCAUAGUGGUGUAUGACAUCACAAAUGAAGAAUCAUUUGCACGUGCAAAGAAUUGGGUUAAAGAGCUUCAGAGGCAAGCCAGUCCUAAUAUUGUAAUAGCUCUGGCAGGAAACAAAGCAGAUCUUGCCAACAAGAGAGCACUGGACUUUCAGGAUGCACAGUCUUAUGCAGAUGACAACAGUUUGCUUUUCAUGGAAACGUCAGCGAAGACGUCAAUGAACGUGAACGAGAUUUUUAUGGCUAUUGCAAAGAAACUCCCCAAGAGUGAGCCACAGGCAGCCGGAACAAGUGCAGGCCGAAAUCGAGGAGUGGACCUGGCAGAGACAGCGCAGCCUGCCAAGGGGCCAUGCUGCAGCAACUAACCACCAAACGCACACAUUCUCACCUCCCAACUAACUCUGCAUCACUUCUGGACAUGGGGCGCAUCCUUCCAAACCUCGCUCCCUGGAACUGCUAAAGACUCUGUAUAGCUCUGUUUCUAAUACCUUUUUGUUUUGUUUUUUUUCCUUUGGUUUCUUUUUUUUAUUUUUUAAGCAGGUAUAAGUACUUAGGUAUAAUGGAUGCAUGUAUCACUACAAAGCCUAAAUACACAUUUUUAACUUAACAUGGGGUAAAGAUAACUAGGUCGAAUGAGAGAGGAAGAACUAGAGCUUGGGUGCGCGUGUUUGUGUUUGUGUGUGUGUGUGUGUGUGUGUGUGUGUGUGUGUGUGUGUGCGCGCGUGCAUGUGUGUGUGUUGUAUAGUGUAGUAUUAAGGAUGUGGAGGCACAGUAACAUGUCCUGACCGGGUUUGGUGGCUGUUGGAUGCUGGUAUUUGCAGCUAAGUCAAGCUGUACAUGCAGCUUUCAGUGUGUUUGAGUGCCAUAGUAGAGAGAUGAAGAAAUCCAUCAUCUGUGGAGGUCUGACCAAGAACAACCCGAUCCGAAACAAAGAUGCUACCUAAAUGAUCACCGUUAUAUGUGUAAAUGAUGUAGAGAGAAGCCGAUUUUGCAUGAUUUGACUGUUAAUCUGGUAAAAUAAUUCCCAUGUUAAAAAAUAAUCACUCAUUAACUAGUAAAGCAUCCAGGAUUUUUGGAAUCUUCUACUUGUAAUAUUGGCCAUUUUGGUGUUGAAGUGCAGUUCCUUAAUGGGAAGUAACUUUUCCCAUCCAUCUUGCUGACUUUCAGUUGAAUUUCAGCUCAGAUAUCAUUUGCUUAAAAGAAUCCAAUGGACGCAAAAUGAGGGCUAAAUCAAACCUCUGCUUAUUCAAGCUAUUUGUUGUGUAGCUAUUAGAGAACGAUCAUCAUUCUACCUACACAUUCCUCCUUGAGUCUAAGAAUACACUCUCUCCUUGUCUCUUCUUGGAGAUUAUUAAAGUAUUGGUGGCUGACGGCCUGAAUCUGUUACUGUCCUGGAUGGACAGCCUAUUCUGAUCGUCAGACCUGAUUUGACCAACGGAUGUGUCUUCUGAGGGAAAUGAAUAAACGGAGGGUGGCGAUUACGUUCUAUCCUACUGUAUGGGCAACUGUUGAUAGUUAUGUGUUGGCGUUACAUACGUUAACACUAAAGAACAGUAGAUUUAAAAUCUUCCAUUCCCUCUUUUGAGCUACAGUCUCUUUCAUAAAUGUCACAAAUAAUUCUUCAUAGUGCAUGGCUGAUGCAUUAUUGUGAUGCAGUGUAGUACAGCUACGAAAACUAAAGCUUUGAGGACUCUUUAUUGAUUCAUCUUUGGAAUAUAUUCCGGUCAUUGAAGGCGUUACUGCCCAGUGGUAGAAAAUUUUCAACGUGUCAAGGUAGAAACCCAGUAUAUCUUGCUGUCUCCAUCUUAAAUACUACUAUAUGAACUGUUUGCCAUGAUGGACCGUAUGUAUGCACUCUUCUUUUUUGUACAGUUCCCUUUAAAUAAGAGAUUUCUUUUCACAAAUUGGCCAAAUAAUGUUUUGAUGGUUGUCUUUUUUUCCCUUGUAUGUAGUGUUAUUAACAAAUCAACUUGACAUUUAACUCAUGGUCUGUCUAGUGCUUCUUUUGAGAUGCUAAAUGUUUUUUUUUCUAUUGAGAUACUAUCAAGUUGCACAAAAUAUGAGUUGUAUUUUUAAAUAAGUCAUUAUGAGACGAUGCCUGCCUGGUGUCUCUGCAGUGUGAUCAAGCUGAAAUGGACCACAGUGGGCUUGAUUAGUGCUGCUAAAUUGCCGCAGGUAGCUGAGGUAAUUAAUUAGCAGCCAUCCGAGAGCCGAAAAGGAUUGAGUGAUGUAACAGCAUUAACACUGAGGGACUGAUUGUUUUUUAAAUGUCCAGGUACUAGUUAAUAUUUCCAAUAAAGGGGGUGAAUUGUA